ACUCCGACCGCUAAUCUCCAUGAGUCGCCAAAGCGCCCAAUUUACAACAUCAUCCACACUGGUUACCGCGUGUAAAUCAAACGCCAUGUUCACAAUGGACAAAGGGGAAAAGAUAUUAGCGGGGCAUGUAGUUAACUCUUCCGCUGGACACAAUGGAGGUUACUGUACGUACUCGUGACGCAAGAGAAGGUAAUAAAAGUCAUUGCCUUUUUUAGGGAGAGGUCAACGGAUGAGGAAAUACCAUCGAUGAUUCUUACGUCAGAUUCAUCUUUAUUCUUAACCACCAUUUUCUUCGUUAACACAAUGACCAGUAUCGCGUAAUGCCUCCAAAAUCCAUUCUAGUCCUAGGCGGUGGCCUUUCCGGACUUUCUUCUGCAUUUCAUCUUUCCCGACGGUUUCCUACCGUUCCCAUUACCCUCCUAGAACACUCGAAUCGUUUGGGUGGAUGGGUUCGUAGCGAACGUGUCAAAGUGAGGGAUAACCAGGGUCAUGAGGCGAGUAUACUGCUUGAGGGCGGGCCGAGGACGUUGAGACCUAAUGGAAAGUCGGUGGUUGAGUUGGUGAACCUCCUUGGUCUUCAUGAAUCUGUUAUAACUGUACCUAAGAGCGCACCCGCCGCGAAGAACCGGUUUUUACAUAUCCCUGGAACGAAUGGCCUCACGCCUCUCCCAAACUCUUUACUAUCUGUAUUUACAUCGCCCAUUCGAACCGUGUUGCUAGGGGGAGUUCUCGGCGAACCAUUCCGUGCUCGCACCAAUUGGAGACCGGCUUUCAACCACUAUAACGACAUGUCUUUCGACGACUUCCUCACCUAUCAUUUCGGUGCCGACUUCGCACGCCUUAUGGGUAGUGCUCUUGCACAUGGAAUUUAUGCUGCUGAUAGCCGACUCGUUAGUGUCCGGGCAGCGUUUCCUUCGCUCUGGGAUAUGGCAGGAGAAAACGGAACGGAGAGUAUAGUACUCAACACUUUCAAGCGCGCUUGUGGGUUUGGGAAGUCGGAUUUGAAGGCGGUCGCAGAAAGUUCAGCACAAUCAUACGAUCUAGGCAAUGUCGAAGCAGGGUUGAAAGAUGCGAGCGUGUUUUCCUUCAGGGAUGGCGCUGAAGCACUAGUUCAAGCUCUUGAAAGAGAACUCGAGCGAAGACAAAAUGUGACAAUACUCAAGUCUCAUGGUAUCGCCGCAAUAUCCAAGGAUACACGUUCCGGAGACUUCGUGGUAUCUGACGCAUCCGACGUGAGACACCUAUGUUCACAUGUCGUAUCCUCAAUCUCCCUCCCUUCAUUGCAUUCAGUCCUAGAAUUCUCUCGCUCGCGUGAACUCAACUCCUUGGGUAUAGAUCAUAUUAAUCCGCCCCAGCUGCCCCACUUGGUGUCUAACCCGUCCUCAUCUGUGACCGUGAUUAACCUCAUAUUUCCUCCCACUCCUGGUGGGGCAAUACACCCAGAUGGAUUUGGAUACCUCGUACCCCGCAAGGAGAAUGAUACUGAAAUCGGCAAGGUCAAUUAUGAUUCCUUGGAGGACAGACUACUCGGCGUAGUAUUCGACUCUUGUGCUUUAUCAGCUCAAGACGUCUAUCCUCCCGGAACAAACUCGAACAGGACGUUCACAAAGUUGACGCUAAUGCUCAAGGGAGCUUCUGAAGCCAACAUGCCUUCUGAAGGCGAUCUGCUAGCCCUUCUCUCAAAACAUCUAGUUCCUCGUGCGCCGAUACCACCACCCGUGUUUAUGCGCGUCCAUUUAUCUAAGGACUGUAUAUCUACCCCAAGCGUUGGACACCUGGAAAGGAUGGCUGAACUCCGGAAGGCACUGGGUGGAACUGAGAAGGAUAGUUUCUGGGGAGGAAGAUUCGAGGUACUUGGUGCUGGUGUGGGAGGUGUCAGUGUACCAGACUGUAUCGAACAAGGAAGACGACUGGCUUUACGUUGGUCGAGAUGAUAUACAUAAAUGCACAUCAUUUACGCUCAGCAGAGAAACGUUCACUAUGGUGAAGGCAAAGGCUGUCCCCCACCCCCGAAUCCUGCUUGAUGUCAAUCGUGCUCAAGGCUCUACUUCCCUGUCCCAGCAACACCCUGGGUAAAUGCGGAUUGGAAAAUCGCCACGAAGUAAAAGGUAGAUACCUGUUUUCAAAUUCGGACAAUGUGUAGCCCAUGAAGACAUCCAAAGAGCAAGAGAACAUAUAACAAUCUUGAAUCGUCCAACAAGCCAAAUAACUAUUCAUCGCACGACUGAGAUAAUCCUCCCCUCCUCCAGGACAUAUACUUCGUAUAUCGGCUCGAGGUAAGGAUAACGUACACGACACUUACCCAAUGGACUUUCGUCCGGCUGCUCUGCAAAUGUUGGCUGCGACAAAUCUCUUCUUGCGCAAUGCACCAAUGGCGCUCAGAAGCGCAAGCAGAAUCCACCAGCCCCAUCUGCGUUUUAACGCAGUGACUGGUCGGGUACCUGGACGAAGUGGGAGUGUAUCAUUAAGAUUCUUCUUUAGAUCAGCCAAUUUCUUAUCCUAUACACGAAGCGAACGUUACUUGGAAGAUAACAUCUGGCAGCGAGGCUCGGAAGAGAGGGGCUUACCGUAUAUGGUGGAAAACGAGAGCCGAGAACAACCUUGUCCAACCAGCUGGGAACGUCGAGAGUACCUCUGAAGUGUGUAAAGGUGUUGAAACCCCACUUUCCGGUAGUAUAUCCAACUGGAAUAGUAGUUGUAUGUGAGUCAACGCUAAGAUCUAGGAGCUAGACUUUCGUACAUCCACUGGCUCCGAUGCCGCCAAAUGGCAAACCGG